UACCAGACGAGCCAGUGUGAUAUGGCUGCUACUCUGGAUUCUCCGUACGGCGCAAACAACUGUAGUCCGGUGUGAAGAAAGCUAAGAUGCUGUGGUCUGCUGUCAACGUAGAACACUGGCAGGAUACCGCUAGAACAUUCCGAUUUUUCUUGGGUACUACUUGCACUCCAGAUGUACUGACUCCGUAUUCCAGAGAAGGCCCGUCCCAAUCUCCAGAGGCAUCACUUCGUUGAAAGAAGAUUAAAACUUCUACUGGUUUCUAUUGCUGGAUAGUGUGCGAGGAGUCAGAGCAGCAACGAAACUAUUACUAUUCUGUCAGUUUUUUAUAGUAUUUGUACACAUUCACUGACCCUGACGUUUCUGUCUGACUGAUCUGAGAUCAGCUAUGGCACUUAUAUGACCUUAUUGUGUUGCAAGUGCCGUAAAACUCUUACUAAAACUAAGAUCAGCUGUAUGCCUCGAAUAAGAGAGCUCAGCCGAAUCGUGAGAAUUUACGGUGGACUUUAUAAGUGACACCUCUUUAGAGGGAGAUAGAUGUCCUACGAGCAGAAGUCAUGGGUGGACAAUGCGGUCGAUGCGUUGUCGACAACAUCCGAGAAGAGCUGUGGUCAUACUUCGCCCUCUCCGGCAUUCUGCUGCUUCAGGGGGGCAUCGUCCUACUUGUGUACGCCCUCAAGCGCGCAACGCUCCACCCAGAGGUUGUGAAAGCCCUGGGUAUUUUCCUCAUCGUUAUGGGCAUUUUGGCCACUCUAAUCUCCUGGUACGCCCACAGACAGCACAGGAGGAAGGAGAAGCUGAGGUGGCGGGAUCUGUAUCGGUCUUGUUGUGUGCCCCGAGUGAGGAACGCCAGCUCCCAAGAGGUGUUGGUGGAACGACGGGGGAUUCAGGCGGAUGACGCUACUGCUGCUCCAAAGUACUCUACUCCUGAAUUCCAA